AUGUAUCCAGUGGACAAGUAUCCAGAAGAUAGAUAUGGUAAGUAUCCAGAGGAGACGUAUCCAGAGGGACGGGUAUCCAGAGGAGAAGUAUCCAGAGGAAUGAAGUAUCCAGAGGAAUGGAGUAUCCAUAGGAGAAGUUUCCAGAGGAAAGGGGUAUCCAGAGAACAAGUUUCCAGAGGGAAGGGGUAUCCAGAGGACAAAUGGCAGGUAUCCAGAGGACAAGUAUCCAUAGGUAUCCAGAGGAAAAGGGUAUCCAGAAGGAGGGGUAUCCAGAGAAAGGGGUAUCCAGAAGAGAGGUAUCCAGAGGACAAGUAUCCAGAGGAGAAGUUUCCAGAGAAAAGGGGUAUCCAGAGGGAAGAGUAUCCAGAGGACAAGUAUUCAGAGGAUAGGUAUCCAGAGGAGACGUUUCCAGAGGAAAGGGCUAUCCAGAGGAAAGGGGUAUUUAGAGGAGAGGUAUCCAGAGGAAAGGGAUAUUUAGAUAAGAAGUAUCCAAAGGAGAGGGGUAUCCAGAGGGGAGGUAUCCAGAGGAAAAGGGUAUCCAGAGGACAAGUAUCCAGAGGAAAGGGGUAUCCAGAGGACAAGUAUCCAGAGAGAUGGGGUAUUCAGAGGACAAGUAUCCAGAAGAUAGAUAUGGUAAGUAUCCAGAGGAGAAGUAUCCAGAGAACAAGUAUCCAGCGGAUAGAUAAGAAGUACACAGAGGAGAGGUAUCUAGAGAAAAAGUAUCCAGAGGAGAAGUAUUCAGAGGAGAAGUAUCCAAAGGAAUGGAGUAUCCAGAGGAAGGACAAGUAUCCAUAG